AAAAAGUUCUGGAUCAAGGGUUUUACAGAGUAAAUUUUGACUAAAAUUUGAAGAUGGCGGGCAUGGAUCAAGCCGGGGGUAAUUUUGAUGCAAAGAACUAUGACAAAAACAUGCAGAAUGUUUUGUCUCAUCAGAAACUACAGGAAAUCUUUGGAGUGAUCGGCAUUGAAACUUUCCCAUGCAACACCUGAGUAACUGAGUUAAAACGCCACCACAGUUUUCUGGAUUUGUUCUUUGGAGGCUCUUCGUAUCAAUUUUCUUUGAAAGACUUAAGCAGACAGAGCCUUGGAGGCGAGGAACUUUAUUCUACUUGGGAAGAAGUUCAUGAUACUUUUGACUCUAUGGGUCUUCAAGAAAAUUUGUUGCGAGGAAUUUAUGCUUAUGGUUUUGAGAAACCAUCUGCUAUUCAGCAGAGAGGUAUUGUUCCUUUUUGCCAAGGCCUUGAUGUUAUCCAACAAGCACAAUCAGGAACAGGAAAGACUGCAACAUUUUGUUCAGGAAUUCUACAACAGCUGGACUACAAUCUCCAGGAUUGCCAGGCACUAGUUUUGGCACCAACUCGGGAACUGGCACAACAAAUAGAAAAAGUUAUGAGGGCACUUGGUGAUUAUCUACAAGUAAAAGUGCAUGCUUGUGUUGGAGGAACAAGCAUCCGGGAGGACCUCCGUAUUCUCCAAUCUGGUGUUCAUGUUGUUGUGGGGACACCUGGCAGGGUUUAUGACAUGCUCCGUCGCCGUGCCCUGCGCUCUGAUUAUAUUAAAAUGUUUGUUCUUGAUGAAGCAGAUGAAAUGUUGUCACGUGGAUUCAAAGAUCAGAUAUAUGAUAUUUUCCAGUUGCUUCCUCAAAACCUCCAAGUUGGUGUUUUCUCUGCUACAAUGCCUCCCGAAGCCCUGGAGAUUACAAGGAAGUUCAUGAAUAAUCCAGUCCGGAUUCUUGUGAAGAGAGAUGAACUUACUCUAGAGGGUAUUAAACAGUUCUAUGUCAAUGUGGACAAAGAGGAAUAUAAGCUUGACACAUUGUGUGAUUUGUAUGAAACACUAGCAAUAACACAGAGUGUGAUUUUUAUCAAUACCAGGAGAAAGGUUGAUUGGCUCACAGACCAAAUGAGAGCUCGUGAUCACACAGUGUCGGCAACGCAUGGUGAUAUGGAUCAGAAUACUAGAGACAUCAUUAUGAGAGAAUUUAGAUCUGGUUCUUCCAGAGUGCUGAUUACAACUGACCUUUUGGCCCGAGGUAUUGAUGUGCAACAAGUUUCUCUUGUCAUCAAUUAUGACUUGCCAACACAACCAGAAAACUAUCUCCACCGUAUAGGUCGUAGUGGAAGAUUUGGUAGGAAGGGUGUGGCAAUAAACUUUGUCACCCGGGACGAUGAGAGAAUGCUUCAGGAUAUACAAAGAUUCUACAAUGUGGUAGUUGAAGAACUGCCAUCAAAUGUUGCAGAUUUGAUAUAAGAUGCUGCAGGUGAUGUAAAUUUGUGUUAUGUUGUAAGGACUUUUGGGAACUUAAAGUUGGGAGGAUCUGUUUAGUGUGUGGAAUUAUCAGUAUUUCUGGGGCCUUAUUAACUGAACGUUUUUGUAAUAACUAAUAUCUGAUGAGGGAGAUCCUAUGUAAUCUAUUUACUUUCCCUCAAUGUUUUUUUUAUGUUAAUACUCAUAACACGAGUGAUGUGUCACGAAUACUUAUAAAAUUCUAUGUAUUGUACCAGUUAAAAUGUGAAUUUUAAACGAAUGUCCAUCAUCUCAA